AUGGCCGACCCUAAGCAAUUACCGUAUCGCAUCGAAGACUUGGAGGAGCAGUUGAACACCAAGCCCUCGCAUCCACCAAAUGCCAAGCAGGGAUUCGUGAAGCCGCCACCGACCGCGACAACGGAGCUGCAGGCGCACGAGAAACCGCCGCUGGACUCGCUGAUAAACUCAUACGACUUUGAGUCGGUGGCAUCGCGGACCCUUUCCCAGAAAACAUGGGCAUUCUACUCCUCAGCAGCCACGGACGAGAUCACACGCGAUGCGAACAAGAGCAGCUUUGAUCGGAUAUGGUGGCGACCGCGCGUAUUGAGGGAUGUGUCGGGAGUCGACACGCGCUCGCGCAUUCUCGGGAACGAAGUGCAGCUGCCGCUGUUCGUAUCUCCAGCGGCCAUGGCGCGGCUGGUGCACCCGGAGGGAGAGAAGGCAAUUGCGGCGGCAUGUGGAAACAAGGGCGUCGCACAAACGGCAAGUCUCACCCCCACGCGGAGGGGAGGGGGAACCCCACAGAAGGAAGGAGGAACCCCACGGGGGGGAAGAGGGGGAACCCCACGUUCGGUCCAUUCUGUCACGAACUUGCACCUGCAAUUGAGGGGCGAAUGGGCGUCGGGACAGGAUAUCUCAACCAACGCGUCGUAUCCGGUGACCGACAUCCUCCCAAACGCGCCAGCCAAUCACCCCUUCUUCUUCCAACUGUACGUCAACCGGGACCGGCAGGCGUCGGAGCGGAUGCUGGCGUCGCUGCCAAAGGGCAUCAAGGCCAUCUUCGUGACGGUGGACGCGCCGGUCCCGGGCAAGCGCGAGGCGGACGAGCGGGUGCGCGCGGACGAGGCGCUGUCGGCGCCCAUGACGGGGGCCCGCGCGGUCAACGACAAGAAGGGCGGCGGCCUCGGCCGCAUCAUGGGCUCGUACAUCGACGCCAGCCUCACGUGGGACGACCUGCGCUGGCUGCGCAGCGUCACCGACCUGCCCAUCGUGCUCAAGGGCGUCCAGGGCGCCGCCGACGCGCGCCUCGCCGCCCAGGCCGGCGUCCAGGGCAUCAUCCUGAGCAACCACGGCGGCAGGAGCCUCGACACCGCCCCGCCUUCCAUCCUGAUUCUGCUGGAGCUGCAGAAGUGCGCCCCGGAGGUGUUUGAGAAGCUGGAGGUGUACGUCGACAGCGGCAUCAGGCGUGGCACGGAUAUUUUGAAGUGCUUGUGCUUGGGUGCUACUGCGGUGGGCAUGGGGAGACAUUUCCUCUACGCUCUAAAUUACGGCCGCGAAGGUGUCGAGCAUUUCAUCGAUGUGAUGAGGGAUGAGCUGGAGACGUCGAUGAAGUUGAUCGGCAUCACGGACCUCAGCCAGGUGCAUCCGGGAUUGGUAAACACGCUGGAAGUAGACCAUCUGAUACCCUCGACGCUCGAUCACCCCUACGCCAAGUGGUCGAAGUCUCGUGGCUUCCCCAAGGCGCGGUUGUAG